UGCGGAGAUUUCUUUCGGCAGAAGUCUGCAAUAUUUCUCCCCUCCUCUGCUCCGCUCCCGCUGCUGGGGGGGAAGUACGUCAGCACCGCGUCUUUAGGUGCAAGAAACGAACUGGGCACACAAAAAUGGCGUCGGAGGUCUGCGCCGCUGCUUCUUCUUCUUCUUCUUCUUCAGCACCUACACCUGCACCUACUUCUACCUCGAAUUGAACUGAAAUUGAUCCGCAUGACGCAGAGAGAGCAGCAAUAGAAGAAAAAACACAAAACUUCCGGGGGGGUUCUCUUCUUGAACAAUCUAUGUCCCUUCGACGGAUUCUUCUGCUUUCCUCCAAACACCGCGCCGGAGAUGCCUCGUGUCUUCUUCAUAGGGUCGGUCGAAAUGGGAGAGUUCAGUCCUGCAACUAUUCGAGCUCAUCAAGAUGCGGUCACAAAGAGCCAAUUACUAAUCGAAUAACCGCUGUGAAAGACGAGUCAUCUCCAUCAUGGCAUAACUACGUUAUUCCGACUCUGUUUGUUGGAGGCUUGGCUGGGUUUGCAAUGUUACUUCAUUAUAAUGACGAGAAGAGAGCAGUAUUGAAAGGCCAAGAUAGUAGCUGUCAAGCGAAUGCCCAACUAGGACCAAUGAUUGGUGGCCCAUUCACCUUAAUUGACACAGAGGAACAGAUUGUCACUGGAAAGAACUUUCUCGGGAACUGGGUUCUUCUGCACUUUGGUUAUACUUCAUCCCCUGAUGUGGGGCCUGAACAACUCAAGAUUAUGGCCAAGGCUAUAGAUGUGUUAGAGUCAAAACAGAAGGUCAAAAUUUUACCGGUGUUUGUCACGAUUGAUCCUCAACGAGACACUCCUUCUCAUCUCCGGGCAUAUCUUAGAGAGUUUGAUUCGAGGAUAGUGGGUCUAACUGGUCCUGUCGCUGCAGUUCGGCAGAUGGCACAGGAAUAUCGCGUUUAUUUCAGGAAGGUGGAAGAGGAAGGAGAUGAUUAUCUUGUCGAGUCCUCUCACAACAUGUAUUUGCUUAACCCUAACAUGGAGGUUGUACGGUGCUUCGGAAUAGAGUAUGGGGCUGAUGAACUAUCAGAAGCCAUUGUGAAGGAGCUAAAGAGGAACCCGUCGCCGUGAAGGCCUCAAGUAUUUGAUGAUUCAUGGGGAAUUUUUGUACAUUGGGCAACAAUUCGUUGUAGUGAGUCCAAUAGUCUUUGGCCACUGAAAGAUAGAAUCGAAUUAUCUGUGUUUUAGAAAUGGUAGAGCAUUGAUCGGGAAGUUGCGGAUGUUCUUUUUCAGUUAGUAAUCUCUACAAAAUGUUGCAUGAUUGACAAUUUUGAUCUGC